AUGCUUCAAGUUCUAUUUGGAACCCUCAAGAAUGAGGUCUCACUUGUUCGAGGUUUCAGAAAUGAAGCACAACAGUUAACUCAUAAUCUGGACAUGAUCCAGAAAUUCUUGAAUGAUGCAGAGAUGCGCUCCAUCCCUGAUGAGGCUGUCAAGAAGUGGCUCACGGAUCUCGGAAACGUGGGGUUCGAUGCUGACAACGUUUUGGAUGAAAUCAUAUAUCAUGAACUCUCCAAACAAAGCAAGGCGGAUACGAUGGCCAACAAACCCAUGAAACAAAAGGUAUUAUCAUACUUCUCAUGCUGCCUUCAUAUUUCACGUGCUCGAAGUAUGGCUCUUAGAAUCCAACAAAUCAAUCGGAAUUUGGGGGUCAUUAAUCAAAGGGCUGCCCACCUUGGCCUCGUCGGGAGACUUGCUCCUGCUGUGCCCACUUUGCCUGACGUUGCUCGUGAAACUGACUCAUUCUCUCUAGAUCCAAUUUUUAUUGGAAGAGAUGAGAUGAUGUCAGAAAUAGUUGAACAGCUUACCGCUUGUAUCACAACUGAUGUACGUAUUUCUAUCCUUGCCAUUGUGGGAAUGGGAGGAUUGGGGAAGACAACUUUGACUAGGAAAGUCUUCCAUCUUCUCAAAGAAAAGGAUCUGUUUGGAUCACAUAUUUGGGUGCAUGUUUCUCGAAAUUUUGAUCCACUCAUUCUUUUCAACAAAAUCCUCAAAGGAUUGACUUCUCCUGAUCAAGUCGAAAUCGGGGAUAAGGAAGGUGUUUUAAAAGAACUUGAAGUAGCUUUAAAAAAUAAAACAUAUCUUCUUAUUCUUGAUGAUAUUUGGAAUGAAAGUGUUCUCACAUGGGAAGAAUUUAUUCAUCCCUUGUUGUGCGUUAGUUCUAUGAAAGGUAAUGUGAUUGUUGUUACCACCAGAAGUAUGGAUGUCGCUUCAAUUAUGAAUCCACUUUGUACACAUGAGCUGCAAAUGUUAUCAGAUGAAGAUUGUUGGUCAAUUAUCAAAGAAAAAACUUUUGGAAAAGAGAAUGUUCCUUCAGAACUUGAGGCCUCUGGAACUAAGAUUGCAGAAAAAUGUAAAGGUUUGCCAUUAGCUGCUAGCGUAGUAGGUGGAGUACUACUGUGUGAUAAAUCUGAAGAAAGAUGGCAUUCAAUCAAAGAGAAUUGGCUUUCACGCUAUGAAGGAAAGGAUAUCGAACAGAUAUUGAAGUUCAGUUUUGAUAAUUUGUCUCUACCGUCACUCAAAAAGUGUUUUGCAUAUUGUUCGAUUUUUCCUAAAGGUUACAAAUUUAAAACACAGACUCUGAUUGAGUAUUGGAUGGGUGAAGGAUUUCUUAAAGCUGAUGAAAGCAGUGACAUGGAAUCUAUGGGAGAAAAAUUUAUCCAUGUUCUUCUACGCAACUCUUUACUGCAAAUUGCAGAAAGAGAUGUUUAUGGAAAUGUGGAAAGUUGUGUGAUGCAUGAUCUUCUGCAUGAUCUUGCAGCUUCUGUUUUAAGAGGUUCUUUUAAGGAAGAUGAAAUUACCCAAGUUCGAUACAUGUGUCACAUGAAUGAUUACAUGUUCUCAAACUUCAAAUCUCUUCAUGUUUUAGCUUUUCAAGGGUGGAAAGUUAAAGAUUUGUCAAGUGAAAUCAAGAAGUUGAUACAUUUGAGAGUUCUUGAUAUUGACAAAUCAUCUAUUGAAUAUCUUCCUGAUUGGAUUGGUGAACUCUUUCACUUGCAGACACUGAGAGCUUGUAAUAGUGAGUUAAAGAAACUUCCAAGUACUUUGAAGAACUUGAGAAACUUAAGGCAUCUCUAUAUUAGGAGAGAUGUAGAGUUGUUUGCCGAGAUUGGUCUGUUAACUUCUCUCAGGACCCUACAGUUUUUUAGGGUGGGAGACAAGAAUGGCUACAAAAUUGAAGAGCUAGGAAGUUUGAAUUGUCUCAAAGGAAAACUGCAAAUUGAUAACCUUGAAAGGGUUCAUAACAAGGAAGAGGCUAAGAAAGCAAAACUAUCAAACAAGCCAAAAUUAUUGGAGUUGUAUUUGGGAUGGGAGACUGGUAGAGAAGGUGAAACUACUAAUGAUGAGAAUGUGUUGGAAGGCCUCCAACCUCACUCUCGUCUGAAGAAGUUGGAGAUAUUUGGAUUUGGAGGCAGAAGCUUUCCAUCAUGGGCUCGAAAUAUGGAAGUUGAUAAUGGGCUACCAUUUAACAAGUUGGUUAAGAUAAGACUCUCCGACUGCUCAGAAUGUGAAGAAAUCCCAAUGUUUGGGCGGUUGCCAAAUCUCAAGUGUCUUGGGUUGUACAGAUUGAGGAAUGUGAAGUCCAUAAAUUCUUCAUUCUAUGGAUCAGUGAAUGAUGAGACACGUACUGUAUUCCCAGUGCUAGAAGAGCUCAUGUUGGAUGACAUGUUGGAUGACUUGCCUAAGCUCACAGUGUUGAAGGGAAUAGAAUCAGGGGAUGCAAGUGCUGUCAGUGUAUUUCCUCGCCUUCAACACUUGACGAUUGAGGAUUGCCGUGUGUUGACGAGUUUUCCUACCCAUUUCUGGUCGUCCCUCAAAGAUAUGAGGUUUCGUGGUAUUGACAGCUAUAAGCCUUUGGCAGACAUAUUUCAAACGGAAUUAACGUUGCUAACGGAGCUUAGGAUAGAUGGAGUAGAUGAUGUAGAAAGUCUCCCAGAUUGGCUAUUCUAUAGUAAUCCCAAUCUCUCAAAGUUGACUAUAAUUGAGUGUUCCAAUUUGAGAGAAAUACCAGAUGGUCUAGGCACCCUCAAUUCUUUGAAAGAGUUGAGCAUAAAGGAUUGCCCAAAUCUGAAACGGAUAGGAGAUCUUGGCGAUCCUCACUCAAGCGUUUGUGGUUGGAGGAUUUAA